AUGGCGGAGUACGGGGCCCAUUUGGCGACUAAUUUGGCACAAAAUCCGUCGAUAUUCGAAGUCCUCGCCCAGGAAAACCUCGCCCGAGCACUUAGGAACGCGCUGAGGCAUCUAAUCUCCUACUUCGCUGACCUGCGUAGCGGAAAGCGGCCUCGCAGAUCGUGGCUCAAGGCUCACCGCGACGAACUGGUGACGCUCGCCGACCUCUCGGUUCAGCUUUACCACCUUGCUCGCUACGCGAGUUCCUUUUCCGAGCACUUCUACGGCCUUCGACGGGUAGCUAGCACGACAGGCGACGCUGCGUUGAAGCGAAGUCACGUUCUAAAGUCCUUAGCGUCCCUCGUGCUGCUUCCGUACGUGCGCACAAAGCUAGACGUACUCGUCUUCGAUGAGGAGCCCCGGGGAGAGAGCGUAGGCUGGAUAAGCAAGCUGCGCCGAGUCUACCCGGCGAUCUCGCUAGCUUGCGAAGCAGCCUCGCUGUCUUUCGCGCUGUUUUACGCGGUCGGCAAGUCUUCCGUGCAUUCGCCCACGCUCUCGCUGUCGUCGGUGCGCCUGGAAGUGGCUCCGAACGUGCCGGUGUCGCCGGACCCCAACGCGGGCAGGGCAGUGCGCGUGUUGCGCGGAGUCGCCGACGCCUUCUCCGCCACCCUGGCGACGGCGGCUUUCCUGUUGCACUUCGUCGACUGGUGGAAUUCGCAGAGGAAAGGCAGCCUGGUCGCGGAGCCGCCAGUGCCCGCACCGCCGCUCUCCGACGAGCGGUCGGAACAGAGCGACGGUGCGGCGCCGCAGUCUUUGAUGCGGUGCGGUCACUGCCCGCUAUGCCUGAAGGAAAUCGCCACCCGCGCCGCCGUGCUGACCACGAGCGGCUACGUGUUCUGCUACGACUGCAUCAGGACGCACUUGUCGAGCGGCCGCACUACGUGCCCCGUCACGGGCUACCCGUCGUCGCACGAGAACGUUGUGCUUCUGGUCGGCCAGUAAGCGGAGCCAAGCCCGAAAGGAACAAGACGUCUGCGAAUAGUGACGUCAGAGUAGCCUUUUCGGACAAGCCGCUCAAUGUGCGGACGUGCGUGUUUGACAUUCGACCUCCUGCUGAGGCAGUCACGGCUGCACCAAGUCGAAACUGCCCGCACCACUGUUACGAGGAGCGCCUGAGCCAGCUUUCGUGUCUGUAGACGGAUAGGAGUGUGUGAUGCAGCAUUUCAGACUUGCGAAGUUAAGCGUGACACCCGAAUGCAGAUUUGAAGCUGACACAAGAUGGAAUGAGGACAUUGCAGAUGCUUUUCAGUGUCUACACUCUGCGCAUAGUCUAGCUGUGCACCGUCAUUUGUGCCCGGUGUGCAAAGCCUGUACUGCCUAAGCCACCAGUGCUGAAAGUUCUAAUAUGUUCACCGAAGUGAUGUUGCUAGAUGGGGACAUGUCGUCACACAAGUGCAUCCUGCAACUGUGUGUGCCUGCAUGUUGAUAAGUGUAUUGUUUGUUGUUAGUGAAUUGUGAAUUACAACACUUAAUGUCAUUCCUUUUAUCUGUGUACUGUGUUGCCCCUGCCUAGUGCAGUGUUUUCAGGCACGCAUUACGCUACUUUCUGCUAACGUUUUUUCAGCCUUUUAAGAAAAGCAGUCAGUGCGACUGCUAACGUAGAUGCGAUCCACAAUGGUAGCUAUGGCAUUUUGCUGUCGAAUAUGAGGCAGUCAAUCUGAUUCCCAGUUGUGGCAGAUAGUAAAAAUUCCCAUACACCUAAAUUUAGGCACACACUACAAGGCCACAGCUGGUCAUAAUAAACCCAGAGCCCGAUGCUGUAGCUUUGCGACGCUAAGCCCCAUUAAAGUAGAUGCGAAAGUGGCAUGUUUAUCGAUGCAAAUCAAGCAAUAAGUUUGCGAUAGUAACAUUGCCUCAUCAACGAUGACAUGAGCACAGAACGUUAGUUUCUCAGUUACCAACAUUAUUGAUAGGCAGACCUCACUUGAAAAUUUAAAUUAAAUUAUGGGGUUUUACGUGCCAAAAUCACCAGAUGAUUAUGAGGCACGCCGUAGACGGGGACUCCGGAUUAAUUUGGACCACCUGGGGUUCUUUAACGUGCACCUAAAUCUAAGUACACGGGUGUUUUCUGCAUUUCGCCCCCAUCGAAAUGUGGCCAGGAUUCGAUCCGGCGACCUCGUGCUCAGCAGCCCAACACCAUAACCAUUGAGCAACCAAGGCGGGUCGACCUCAUUUGAAUAGCUGAUUAGUGGGUUUCGUUGAUUCAGUCGUAAUACCUAGGAAAAGAAUGAAACAACACAUUUUUCUUUGUCAGGACUUACUCUUGUGGUCCAAAAUUGACAUUUUGUAAACGUCAGCCUUUGAAAAUCAAACAAUUUCUGCUCCCAUUUUUGUUGGCACAUUAUAUUCGCCGAGAAUGCCAUUAGCAAACAUUAGCCUGCUGGGAUAUGACAUGGGUUACUUCAAUGCCCAAGAGAUGACUCGAGACAAGUGUGUGGAGGAUCGUAUGAGGGCAAGCGUGGCUAUGUGCCUCACAACUAUAAUUUACUGGUUUUAAUAAAUUGACUUUAGAUAUCAGACACCCACCUCUGCACUCAGAUCAAGGUGCAUUACAUACACGAGGAUGUGACAAACAAUGAACAUAUUUCAUGCAAAGUCUGCACUCGAGUUGCUUGCAUAAAAAUGUGAGAGUACAAAAAUUUUGCAAACAGUGCAUUUUGAUUCAACACUGAAGAAGUUCAUAGCUGUGCAUUUGUCAUCGAGGUAUAUGCCUCUGGCAUAACUUCCAGUGCACACAUGAUCCCGCUUCACAGGUCGAUGAAUCGAUGAGCUGGCCACAGCUUGUAGGUGACUUCGUUCCUUAUCAUAUUGACGGGGCUGCAAGCUUGCAUGAUAACGCUGCGAUUUUAUCCUAGGAUGCUGCCUUUUCACAUGUCCAUCGCAGUAUGCGUUUCGCAGUUUCCUACAAGAAGGUGUAACAAGUUGUCAGAAACAAUGGACAGUUGGCAAUAGUAGUACAAUUGUGGGAUUAAGAAAACACACACACAAAAAGCUGCAAAUGUCUUAAAACGUUCUGGGUGGUCAUGCAUGACAGUUGCUCAAAUGCGCAGUUGGCAUAGAACACAAGUUAUCCCACCAACUUUCGAAUUUAUUUCCUUUUUUUUUUUUUUUUUACUAAUAGAAAAUUAUCAUAUUAACGCAAAAUAAAGCACCCUAUAAGUUUAGGCAUCCCA